AUGGAGAAAUGCCUUCAUCCAAGUGGACGGAGGCAUCCUCCAUCAAAGUGGACGGAUACAUAUCUCCAUGCCUCCGCCCCGGCGGACGAAGGCAUGGAGAUAUGUAUCCGUCCACUUGGACGGAGGCGUGACUUGGAUGGAGGACGGAGGCAUGACUUGGAUGGAGAUAUUUCAUGCAUCCGUCCACUUGGACGGAGACAUGAACACUUGGAUUGUCCGUAUCUCCGUACUCUCUUGAUUCCUAUUCGAUUCUUCCAAAUUCUUUCUCCAAAUCUCGUGUCAUCUGGUUCUUCUUCUCCAGUUCUUAAUUUACGGUUCAAAAUGAACACUUUGCUAAAUUCCCGGAUUGACUUCACCAUGACUGACCGAAAGCUUGUGGCUUUGGGCAUUCCAUGGGAUGUGGACACAGAAGGACUCAGAGAAUACAUGAGCAAGUUUUGGGGAUUUAGAGGACUGCACCGUGAUGAAGACUUAAUGGCAUAG